CAGGCCUCCAACUUCUUGUCUUGACAGGUAAGAUAUCAAUCAAAGGUCCUCCAAUCUCUUCUCCCAUACCCAAGCUACUUUCACGCACCAACUCGACAUCAACAUGCCCGAAGACCUCAUCGUCAUAACAUGCGCCUCGGGCCAACAAGCCUCACAUCUCAUUCCACACCUCUUGCCCAAGUACUCUCUUCGACUAGUCGUGCACUCUUCAAACUCGCACUCUCGCCUCUCCCAACUCUAUCCCUCCGCAGAAGUUGUCCAGGCCGACCUCGCCGAGCCCGCACAGUGUGUGCCACUUCUCCAUGGCGCAACGACAGUAUAUCACGUUGGGCCGCCUCUCCACCCGCACGAGACAGAGAUAGGCUACAACAUGAUCGACGCCGCUGUCCGCGAGACCGCUCGCCCCGGAAACACGUUCGCGCAUUUCGUCUACUCAUCCGUGCUGAACCCGCAGUUCCGGAAACUCCUCAACCACGAUCGAAAGCGCUAUGUCGAGGAGUAUUUGCUCGAAUCAGGGCUGAACUUUACGAUCCUGAAUCCUGCUGAUUUUAUGGACAUGAAGUUCCCCGUUCAGGACUGGAUGGCAGUCGAGAAUGACGGGACGCCGGUGAAGUGGCCGAAUAUCACGGGGCACAAUACCAAGUCGAGUGUCACUGCUCUUGCGGAUCUAGGCGAAAUCGGCGCCAAAGUCAUCCGAGAAAGGGAGGUCCAUUAUCAGGCGCAGUAUCCCUUGUGCAGUACGAUGCCGCUGAAGCCUGGGGACGUGAUGCAGGCGGCGAGCAAGGCCAUUGCGAGGGAGUUGGUCGUUGAUGAUUUGAGCGUCGAAGCUGCCACGAAUCUGUUGUUGACGCUUACGCGUGGAUCGUUGGACAAGGUGGAUCCAAGAGAUCGGGAUGGAGCGGAGAGAUUGAUUUUGUUCUAUAGGAGGAGAGGAUUGCAAGGGAACCCGGGCGUGAUGAGGUGGUUGCUGGGUCGAGAGCCGACCAGUGUGCAGCAGUAUCUUGAGGGUCAGAUGCAGAAGUAUAGGGAGGGGAACGAGAAGUUGGCGCUUAAGACGAUGAAGACGGAUUCAUUUGAGUAGGCUGAGACAUCCCCGCCUUAUGACAAGCACCCCAUAUCCUCGAUAUUGGUGGAAACUGACAGCUAGUUAAUCCUACCAAAAGUACAA